CUAGUCGCAUUCUUGUUUAAAAUUAAAAAACCGCUCGCGGCGUCUGGUCUCCAACGUGCUCGCUGCGCGUGUUUGCGACAGUUAAUUCAUAAACUUAAAUUAUUCAGUGCCAGCAUGGCGGAGAAUUCCCAGUCUUACACCAAUUGGAGAAAAUCACAAAGAACAGACGCAAAAAUUUUAACUCAUGAGUGCGGAAUAUUCGGAGCAAUUUUCAAUGAAUCCACCGCCGAUUCAGAAGCCGCCCAACUUAUUUUGGUCGGCACCGAGGCUCUCCAACAUCGCGGCCAGGAGUCCGCUGGGAUUGUAACCAGCGAUGGUUCCAACCACUUCCACAUCCAGAAAGGCAUGGGCCUCGUGCGGAAUAUUUUCAACAACGAGAAUGUGAGAAAACUGUCUGGUUUCAUGGGCAUAGGCCACACGCGCUAUUCAACCUCUGCGGCAUCCGAACAAGUAAACUGCCAGCCUUUCGUCGUGCAUUCCAUGCACGGCUCUCUUGCAGUGGCACAUAAUGGUGAGCUAGUAAAUUGUGCAUCAUUGAGGAAACAAGUACUUGAUAGAGGUGUGGGUCUAUCAACUCAUAGUGACAGUGAGUUGAUAACUCAAGCACUAUGUUUAAUUCCACCUGAUGGUGAAGUGAAUGGCCCUGACUGGCCAGCAAGAAUUAAACACCUGAUGCAAUUGGCUCCGUUGAGUUAUUCUGCAUUGAUUAUGCUCAAGGAUCGAAUUUUCGCCGUCAGAGAUUCAUUCGGUAAUCGCCCGCUGUGUCUCGGUGAAAUAAUGGCGGCUGACGGGGAAACAGUAGACGGUUGGGCGAUUUCUUCCGAAUCAUGCGCGUAUUUACAUCCGAUGCGGUAUCAGCGUGAAGUACUUCCCGGCGAAAUAUUAGAACUCACCAGACAGGGGAUUAAAUCCAUCGAUAUCAUUCCCGGCAUUAAAAACGCAUUCUGUAUUUUUGAGUAUGUAUACUUCGCUCGCCCUAACAGCAUCUUUGAAGGGCAGGAAGUUUAUCAAGUACGUUUACGUUGCGGUGAACAACUAGCUCAAGAACAUCCUGUUGAAGCUGAUGUAGUAGGCUCAGUUCCGGAAUCAGGCAACGCUGCAGCGCAUGGUUAUUCAAGACAAUCAAAAAUCCCAUUCGGGGAACUCUUAGCAAAAAACAACUACGUUGGACGUACAUUCAUUCAACCGAGUAAUCGCCUCAGACAACACAACGUGGCAUUGAAAUUCAGUCCGAUAUCCAGCAAUGUCCGCGGGAAGCGAGUUAUUCUCAUCGACGACUCAAUUGUUCGAGGAAACACAAUCGGGCAGAUUAUUCGACUUUUAAGAAAAGCUGGCGCGACUGAAGUGCAUAUUAGAGUCGCCAGUCCGCCAUUGCAUUACCCAUGCUACAUGGGUAUUAAUAUUCCUACUAAACAGGAAUUGAUUGCAAAUACUUUGGAUUCCAAGGAACUUGCCGAGCAAGUAGGCGCAGAUAGUUUGGAGUAUUUAAGCGUGCCGGGACUUGUUGCUGCUGUCAAGAAGGACAUCAAGCCAAUGAAUGGUCACAAAAUCGGACAUUGCACUGCUUGUCUUACCGGCGAUUAUCCCGGUGGACUUCCAGACGAUUUAGAGUGGUAAGGAUUUCGUUUACACGUUUCAAGUAUUAAUGAAUCUCAAACGUGGUUCAAAACAGUUCUAUAACAAGUAUUAUAGCAAGUAUUUUCAAUUUGUAUUAGAUUAUAAUCUCUAAACUUUAACAGCUACUGUUAAAUCAAUAUAAUCUGUUUCAUUUAGAUAAAAGUCUAUGAAUUCAA